AUGUCAGCAAUCCUGUUGCAUGUCCUUGGUCGUGAUACGUCCGUACUGGCUGUCCUGUGUCUUCUUUCUUCCUCCAUUUCUGCAUUUCCUUCAAUCUGCCCAUCAUCAUGGAGUUUGUCCUUGGAAGUUGCUUGGAAGUUGAAAAUUUAUUGGCCAAGAACGGGCGCUUACCGGUCUUUGCGGACCACCAACUGCUCUAAUAUUUUCGUUUUCAUCGCUCUCCUGCCGCAUGUUACCAGUUUCCGUUCCAUGUGGCGUCGUCCAGCAGUAACUCGUUCUGAUUUUACAGCGUCAUACAUUGUCUUGGGAAUACAGCCGUACGGCAUCUAUGUGUUCCGUGCAUCUCAUUCCUCGUACCUCGCUGAAAAAUUCGCAUGGCAAUCCCUCGAAAAAACUUGGAAAAGGACCCAUUUCCAGGCUCCCCAAACCCUAGACAGUCAGGACGCCAGACUUACGAGAUACGACAGGUUCGAAUUAUCCGAGGUGCAUUCCGUCUCCAUCCGAAGAACAAUUGGCCAUUGCGGGAACUACAUUGCAACGGUCGAGGACUCAACGAGGCUGAACUUCGGAUGUUGCAGUCAUAUAUACGAGCAAACUGUCCCACCAGUCCAACCGGAAUCAUUAAAAAAUGCCGCCGGCAGCAUCUAUCAGUACUGUUCAGCUCGUGGACGUAACCUACUGGAACACACUUGA